UCUCUGCCAUUAUUGUUUUUGGAGUGCUUGAGAAAAUGCAGUAAGCCAAGAAUUUAUCCAGAAGAAGAGAUUUCUAAUGCUAAAAGAAAAAUGCUGAAGGACAAUGUGUACAGAGAAUGUUUUGCAAAUGGAACCUGGGCAGCCCGUGUGAAUUAUUCCCAGUGCCAAGAGAUUCUCCAUGAGGAGAAGAGAAGCAAACUGCAUUAUCACAUUGCUGUUGUGAUUAAUUACCUUGGACACUGCAUUUCUUUGGGGGCAUUGCUGGCAGCUUUUGUCCUCUUCAUGCGACUUCGGAGUAUACGAUGCUUACGAAAUAUUAUCCACUGGAAUCUGAUCACUGCUUUCAUCUUGAGGAAUGCCACAUGGUUUGUGGUACAACUCACCAUGAAUCCAGAAGUGCAUGAAAGCAAUGUGCCAUGGUGCCGUCUUGUCACAGCUGCUUACAACUAUUUCCAUGUCACUAACUUCUUCUGGAUGUUUGGUGAAGGAUGCUAUCUGCACACUGCUAUUGUUCUCACCUAUUCGACAGACAAGCUGCGGAAGUGGAUGUUCAUCUGUCUCGGCUGGUGCAUCCCUUUCCCCAUCAUUGUUGCCUGGGCCACUGGAAAACUCUACUAUGACAACGAAAAGUGCUGGUUUGGAAAGCGUGCAGGAGUUUACACUGAUUACAUCUAUCAAGGUCCGAUGAUACUGGUGCUGCUGAUCAAUUUUAUUUUUUUAUUCAAUAUUGUCAGAAUCCUGAUGACCAAGCUUCGGGCUUCGACCACCUCAGAGACCAUACAGUACAGGAAAGCGGUGAAGGCCACCCUUGUUCUCCUUCCAUUAUUAGGAAUAACCUACAUGCUUUUCUUCGUUAACCCUGGAGAAGAUGAAAUAUCAAGGAUAGUCUUCAUUUAUUUCAACUCCCUUUUGGAGUCCUUCCAGGGCUUCUUUGUCUCUGUUUUCUACUGUUUCCUGAACAGUGAGGUCCGUUCUGCAGUACGAAAGAGAUGGCACCGAUGGCAGGACAAACACUCCAUCCGUGCCCGAGUAGCAAGGGCCAUGUCAAUUCCUACAUCCCCAACUCGUGUCAGUUUCCACAGCAUCAAGCAAUCAACUGCUCUCUGAGAACCAA